UUGUAGUGGGGGGAAAGUAAGCAAGCAGCAGAAAGAAAGAGAGAACUGGAGGAAACCAUGCAGAGAGUGAGGCAGCCCAGCGACGAUGCUUGAUGAGCUGUGCCACUGACCACUAGAAAGACUUUCUUCCACUUUGAUUUAAUACCAAAGAGACCAAAGAACCAGACAGGAAAGUCCUGAGGAGAGACAUUGACUCAUCGUCCCAGCUGACGGGCAGAAAGGACGCCCAGGAACGUGGGGAGAAAAAGAAAGAAAGAAAGAGCUAGAGAUAAAGAGAAAAAGGGGAGUUUCACAGAUGAGAAUUACAGCAGUGUGGCAGAAGGAGAUGCUCAGAGGGACCAGAUAGUGAAAAGAAAAGUGAAACGAUUCACAGGAUUGCUGCAGGUGUUGUCCACAAAGAACAUCUCAAAGAAAGAAAGGCAUCACGUCAGGGGUCACCCAAAACAAAAGCUGUUUGCAAGUGAAACAGGGAGAAGGAAAAAAGAAAAGUGAGACCAGACAGAAGUAAAAAGACAGAGCUAGAGAAGGAUGGCCAACUCGGGUCUCCAGUUAUUGGGUUAUUUCCUGGCGUUGGGCGGCUGGAUCGGCAUCAUCUCCACCACCGCCUUGCCCCAGUGGAAGCAGUCGUCGUACGCCGGCGAUGCCAUCAUCACAGCCGUGGGUCUGUACGAGGGGCUGUGGAUGAGCUGUGCCUCGCAGAGUACAGGACAGGUGCAGUGCAAGAUCUUUGACUCCAUGCUCUCUCUGGACAUCCACAUCCAGACAUGUCGGGCCUUGAUGGUAGUGUCAGUACUGCUGGGCUUUAUUGGCAUGAUCGUCAGCGUGGUGGGCAUGAAGUGUACAAAGGUUGGAGAUAACAACCCGGUCACCAAGACCCGCAUCGCUGUGACUGGAGGAGCCCUCUUCCUUUUUGCAGGUUUAUGUACACUGGUGUCUGUGUCCUGGUAUGCCACUCAGGUGUCCUAUCAGUUCUUCAACCCAAAUACGCCGCCCAAUGCCAGGUAUGAGUUUGGCUCAGCCCUGUUUGUGGGCUGGGCGGCAGCCAGUCUGACGGUAUUGGGCGGCUCCUUGCUGUGCUGCUCCUGCUCCAAAGACGACAUGAGAGGGCAGCAAUAUUAUCGCCAAUCACAGCCUUCCACAGCCAGGGAACCAAAUGUUAAAAGUACCCCACCAGAGAAAAGGGAGCAGUACUUGUAGUUUGGGAGAGUCUUCUGGCCUUACCAUGGUUUAGAUUCUGUCAACAGACAAAACCCUCUCCCUGAGGAAUUCAAAACAGACAGACACCAUUAAAGUGAAGUCGAGAGUAUAUGAACAGCAACCUUUCAAGCAUAUUGCAAUAUAAAUUAGAGUCUUUGUUGAAGAGUAAGAAAUUGUUGGGGGGGGGGGCUUGAUAAUAUGUGAAUAGAAAAUAGUUAUUCAGGGGGAUUGAGAAAGAUGUCUUGUCUGUUUUGAUGACUUUGGGAGAGACAUUCAUUCAGGGUAUGUUUUCUAUAACAUGUUAAAAUGCCCGGGUGUAUAUACCACCUACUCUAUUCCUAUUCUUUUUUCUUUUUCUUUUUUUUUUUUACUACAUAUAUAAUGUUUUACUACAGUGCCUUAUAACACAUGUUUGUGCACAUGUAUGUUUUUGACUACAUGGAUUCUUUGUAGUAUCACAUCCCAUCUGAGGGAUGUGUGUCCAUAGUUCCUCUGCCAGCAGUUCUGUAUGCCUUUUUUUCUAUUGUUGGCAUUUUGUUGGAAUUUCUGAAAAUGAAUGUGAAGCUACUCUACAGUACCACUUAAGAAAGAACAGACAUACAUGUGAUAGAUCUUCAGCAUAAUACAUUAUGCCACUGUUGUUAAGAAGCUGCAUGCCUGUUUCUAAGUAGCCUGGAUUGAGGAUAUACCCAGUGCAUUCAUUUUUGUUGUAUUAAGUGCCAAUAUGAUUUGGUGUGAAUGACAGAGUCGUUGUAUUGUUGACUCUAAAGGAUGUACUGUAUUGUGUGCUGUCUCUUGUACUAAGGAACGCCGGUUUGCUGAGUGUAAACGGUUCAAAAGCCCUUCUGAUGCCUGCAUUUAUUUACCAUGCCAUUCCUUUCUCUAAUAUUUACCUCCUCGAUGUUGUGUAUCAUCUCAUUUACAGUAUACCCCUGCCUGUUUCUUUUAGAAUAAAGUAAACAGAGACAUAAAAAAAUG